AUGCGCGGCUUCGCACACGACGUUUGUGGGAAUUUGCUAUGCCCUGCCGAGUGGGACUGGAAUGAUAACCGCGUGAAGGCCAGUAUUCGCGAUAGAACAUCGGACUUCAUUGUAUCGGAAAAUUCCUGGCCGCAGUUCAUGUACGAGAACUACUCGUUCGACGAUAGCAACCUAGAGAAAGGUCUCUUCAAGUCGAAAAUCCUCGUUCAGGCUUUCAAAACCAUAUUUACAUCUCCAUCUUCUGCAAGAGAAGCCGAUGGCGAUGGCGAUGGUGCCGACAUCCUCGAGAAUAACAGGCGCGCUCGUCGGGCCUUAAAUCAAGUUAAGGUCAAAAUGUGUGUGGCAUCCAUUAUCAACAUGAGGAAAGUCACCCCUCACUCCAUCACUUAUAUUGUUUGUCAAGUUCGUUUUGCGCUAUCCAGCGUCUCAUCUUGGCGCACCGUCAAUGGGGACUUCGACUAUGAAGGAUUCUGGAAUAACAUUGUCGACUUCUUUGAGGAAGUCCCUGGCCCUGUUGCAUGA